AUGAGUUUACGCUGUCAAACUGCUCACUCACGAUUUAUACCUCCUAGAGACCGACUGCGCCAGACACCUUUUGUGCCGGAACCAUCAGGCGAUUAUUACAAUAUUAAAGGUGCUAUCAAUGAGCUGCAACGAGAUAGUACCAUGAACAUGCUAAUCCAGCGUGAAUACGAGACACGAUAUCGAUUUUCACAACAGCUACGCCAACAAGACGUUCUUGAGAAUGUACUGCGGCUACUUCGUAUCGGUGUGCGAAACCAGAACCGAUCACAUUUGAACAAAGGCAAGCCGUAUGAUAAUUAUCUGUUAAUUGGAAGCAGUGAUACUCUUUGUCGGAAUCGCAAUGUCACUCAUAUGGUUGGGUCGCCGGUUCCUCCUGUUGGCAAGAACAAUCAUCUGAGAUUGAGUCGUAGCGACAUUGAUAUGCUGAACGUGUUCGGGGAUCGCGGGAUCGUUGAGGCCAGAUCUAAAACAGAAUAG